UGGACAUUUUGACGCAGCAAUUUCGCGAUUACGAAUAUUGUCUCUUUAGCACGGGAUUUUGGACCGUCAGUGCAGUCUCCAGCUUGGCUGCGUUCAAGAGCGACCGCCCUUAGGAUUUGCACUUUCUGAGGCGUAAUUUCGUACAUAUAUCUCUGGGGUCUUUUGGCCUGACAGGACGCAUGCGAGUUGGUAUAAUGUCUCCAGCCUGUCGUCAUAUUCAGUAAGUUUCGCAACUAGUCUUCAGUCCCGAUUCCGCGAUGUUGCUGGCACUUUGCUUGCCUUUCCUUCUCGCAGCCGUCGAGUCUCGUCCCCAAAGGGAGACUACUCACCAACGACGGGACAAUGCCCUUGACAACUGCCUAGGUGACUACGAACCUAUAUACAUCACCGUUACAGUCCCUGCAGCAUCCGCCAUUACAAUUGUCCAAACCGAGACCUUGAUCCAAUUUGUCAAUGUGCCGACCUACUUACCAGGGAACACGCCCUCGGGAAUAGGUUUCGCUGGAGAGGCAUCUCAGCCGGGCUCCAAUGGCGAAUCCAGCUCCUCAUCUGGGUUCUUCCCAUGGUCCCAGCUAGAAGGUGGCCCGGUGAAUCCUUACAGUGCGCCAGACAUCACAGUCACCGAGCGACAGCCACAUCCUGUCCCAUCCAACACUCAACCGUCUCCACCACCCUGGUCCUUCCCAGCGAGCAAGCAACCUUCCUCUUUUUCUUCCAUGUAUGGAUCGAGUUCAAUCUCAAGCAAUCGACCUUCCCCCUUUUCAAGCACGCGGAAACCCGGUUCAAGUUCAAGUACGUAUUCAUCUACCACGAGUUCGAGCAGUUCCGGAACAUCUAGUGCUACAAGCCCAACCCCAACUCCGGAUGACUGGCCGGACCAUACCGUCACGGCAUAUUUCGGAGCUGGAAAUACGGACAUUUUUCCUGCGGAGAAAAUCCCGUGGCAGUAUCUCACGCACCUUUGCUUCGCCUUUGCCAACACCGGUGGUGCCGACGUCGACUUUACUAUAAGUUUCAACGAAACUCUUCUCCGGUAUCUCAGCGAACAGGCAAAUACCUACGGCGUCAAGCUGAUCCUCAGCAUCGGCGGCUACGGGACAGGAGGCCAAUAUUUCUCUGAUAUUGUACAAACAAACGAGACAAUUGAUGCUUUUGUAGGAUCGGUGCAGGAUGCUGUAGCUGACUUCGACCUUGCAGGAGUCGACCUUGACUGGGAAUUCGUGGGCAGUCUGGCCAAAGGCAACAACAGACCCGCCACUGAUGCCGCCGGGUAUCUCAACAUGCUGAAGGCACUACGUACAGCUAUGCCGUCCGCUGAGCUCUCUGCCGCUGUGCCGAUGUUCCUUUUUCUGGAAACCAAGACUGCCAACAGCUCUUCCCUCACCGAAGUCGACAUGCAUCCUUAUGUGGAGUAUUUCGAUCGUGUAUAUCUGAUGGCCUACGAUCUUUGGAACGGUCCCAAUACCGCAGGGUCCAACGGCGCAUUAGGCCCUGACGAAGAGACGGAUCCCGACAACAUUAACGAAGACCAACAAUUUGGUUCGGAGGGUGUGCAAACCUGGAGCAACGCUGGCUUUCCGCUGAGCAAGCUCGUUUAUGGUGUUCCUUUCUACGGUUACGGCUGGAAAAUGCUCACGGAUUCCGACCCGGCGAAGACAGGAUUGUACACGAAAUCUAGCGGCAAGUCAAGUGGAGAUAGUAAUGAGGACCCGGAAGGUACCUCUGGCUUCUGGAAGUGGCGAAACUUAAAGUCCCAGAACGUUGUUCAGCAACAAUCCGACGGCAGCUAUACCGCUGGACCUGGCUGGGUCUACGGGUUUGACCAUUCAACUCAGACUCCUUACGUCUACAAUGGUGACAAUACGACUAAACCGCAGCUAAUCUCCUAUGAUGAUCCAUAUAGCUUGGACCUCAAAAGAAGUUAUGCGAAGAGUCUAGGAAUGAACGGGAUGAUGUUUUGGGCCAUGUACGGUGAUACGGAUGACGGAGAAUUGACGCAGAUAUUGACAUGAAAAUAACUCUCUGAAAUGAAAUACCGAUACCUUCUGCACGGUUAUAGUAGGUAGUACUUCCUUCCUAAUAAUAUAAGAGGCUAUAGGUG